UGCUAUUAAUGUUAUCACCAAUCUUUAUUAUUAGUCUAAUACUUUGAUUUCUUUUCUUCUUUUUGUUUUAAGAAAAAACAAAUGUAUAUUCGCUAUUUUAUCUUCUCACUCAAAAGAAGGGCCAUUAUCAUGAACAGAAUCCGUAUAAAUAACCUCUUGAGUUCAAGAUCCAUAUGUAGUCUCCAGCGAAGUAGAGAGGUUGGAAAUUUACCCAAACGGCAGUGUUGUUGGCAAUGAAGAAUAAAAAAGUGUAUGGUAGCUUGAACUCAGCGGCUACCUUGAAGGUCUUGGCAUGCCUGUUCGAGCAUGAUCUUGACUUUGACUUUGUUCCUAUUGAUCUGGAGGCCGGAGAGCACAAGAAGAAACCGUUUCUUUCUAUGAAUCCAUUUGGACAAGUUCCAGUAUUUGAGGACGGGGAUGUUAAGCAAUUUGAAUCAAGAGCAAUAAUAAGAUCCAUGGGUCAUCAAUACGGCAAGAAAGGAGAGGAGUUGAUAUACUGGGAUUCAAGAGAACAAGCCGUUGUGGCUAACUGGAUCGAUGUCGAGGACCACCACUUUGAGCCACCGGCGCUAAAAUUGAUCUCGGAGUUAGUCAUCAAGCCAAAAAAGGGCCUGACUCCUGAUGAAGAGACGGUAGCUGAGGCUGAAGCCAAAUUGGCCAAGGUCCUUGAUGUCUACGAAGCAAGGCUCUCCAAGUUCAAGUAUCUGGCAUCUGACAAGUACACCAUUGCUGAUAUGCUUCACCUACCAAAUAUCCAGGCUCUCAUAGGAACUCAGGCCAAGAAGCUCUUUGACUCCCGACCUCGUUUGAGCGCAUGGUGUGCUGCGAUUCUUGCUCGACCCGCAUGGAUUAAGGUGGUUGAGAUGCAGCAAAAAGCUCAAGCUUAGGCUCUUAAGAAAUCAACUAUCACCUACUUCAUUCAUAACCUCCAAUAAGGACUAAUUUACUUCGAUAUCUCAAGCUAAUUUUGUAAAAGGUAUGUUAAGCAUGGUCUUUCAGUUCUGGUUAUGUUUCUGUCUGGUUAAGAUAGAGUAGCAGUGUCCUACAAUGUAAUUUCAUUUUGCAAAAUCAAAAUUAGUGACAUUUCCAGUAAAAUUUAUGUACAUGCUACAGGCAUAUUAAUCAAAGGACAAAACUGAGAUAAAUUUAUGUAUUGUCCAGGAAAUACAAAUUAAGCUUA